UGGAAGAAGCGGGCUCACCACUUUGCAAAGUUACUCGUGUUCUGUCUUCCAUCUAGCAUAGGUCCUUACCCGUACCAACUCUCCACGUAUCCUCGUUUCUCUUGGAUCCUUGGUCGUGCCACGAGGUCGCAGAAGAUCGAAGGAUAUUCAAGGGUUUACUGCCGAUCCAUUCCGGAGGCAACUGCGGCGAACAUCGUUAUUGAAAUAAUGAAGAGAGAAGCUGAUGCAGGCACUAUGACAGGUUCAGGGGGACCGACAAGUCCUCACAAGCGUUACAGACAGGGUGACGAUGAGCUUCGUCUUCUGAUCCCCAGCAAGGUAGCCGGUUCGAUAAUCGGCAAAGGUGGCCAGAAUAUCACCAAACUGAGAAGUCAGUACAAAGCCUCAAUCAUUGUACCCGAUUGCCCCGGACCCGAACGGGUGCUUACUAUCAGCUCGGAUCUGCCCACCGUUCUUCAAGUAUUGAACGAGGUCGUACCUAAUCUCGAGGAGGUGAGUGUUGCUACCAGAAGAGGAUCACACGGGAAAAGAAAUGACUCAAUCAAUGGAUCCCGACACGGCAGCGACGAGAUCGACGUGCGCAUGUUGGUCCAUCAGAGCCAAGCUGGAUGCAUAAUCGGCAAGGGAGGGCUAAAGAUCAAGGAGCUUCGUGAGAAGACCGGAGCGAGGAUCAAGAUCUAUUCGCACUGCUGUCCUCACAGUACCGACCGGCUGAUCAGCAUUUGUGGCAAACCGAAUACCUGCAUCGAGUGUAUUCGCGAGCUAAUCGCCACCAUUAAAACCUCUCCGCUGAAAGGCGUGAACAAUCCUUACGAUCCGCACAACUUCGACGACUACUAUGCGGACGACUACGGUGGUUAUGGAACGGGCGAUGGUGGCCAAGGGAAAGGAGGCGGCUUCGGCGGUCCUGGAGGAAUGUCCGGCGGGCCACCGGAUCGUGGCUACGGAGGUAAUUCUCGCGGAGGAGGCGGUGGAGGUGGCGGAUACGAAGGCGGGCGAGGUGGCUACGGAGGCAAUAGGGGUGGCCCGCCGCCAUACGCUAGUGGAAAUUACAAUGGUGAUGGAUGGGGUAUGCAAGGAGGCGCGCCAAACGGUUUGGGUGGCGGCGCUAACUCGGGAAUGAGCGGCCCACCCAUGGGUGGCAACAAUCAAGGAAAUCAGGGCAACAUGGGUGGAAACAAGACCACCACUCAAGUCACCAUUCCUAAGGACCUCGCUGGGGCCAUUAUCGGCAAGGGAGGCGCCAGAAUUCGAAAAGUCAGAUCGGAUAGCGGCGCUGGAAUUACUAUAGACGAACCGUUAUCUGGCAGUAACGAUCGCAUUAUCACUAUAACCGGAUUACCCAGUCAGAUACAAAUGGCUCAGUACCUGCUUCAGCAGAGCGUGCACGAGAAUGCAGACCAUUAUUAGAACAUGGUGUAAAAGGAAGCAUUCGGGGGGAGCCAAAGAUGCGUUUAUAAUUUUUUUAGGGAUACUUCUUCGCGUGAAAAGUGAAGAUUAUAAUUACAGAACGAGAACUCUUGAAGCCUUUUUUCAUCGAAAGAAAAAAAAAAAAAGAAACAAAAUAAUAUCACAUAUUAUUGGCGUUUCUCCUUGUGCAUUUGUGAGGAAAGAAAGAGCGAGAAUCCAGAAAGAAGAGAAAAGAGAAAAUAAAAUCAGAAAAAAAAGAAAAGGAGAAAAUAAAAUCAGAAAAAAAUGUUCUCAAUAAAUACUAAUCGAUCAAAGCAAAACGCAAGGAGAGACAGUCUAUUUUGUGGACUUUUCCAUUUGCUUAUACGGAUUUACGAGUGAGAAACGCUCAUAUGCCUACUUUCACGAGUUUAGAAUCUUGGAAUUGGCGUUUGAGGAACAGCCUCCUCGUGCAAAAAAAGGCCAAAGAACAGCACUGUUUCAACGCCUGAGAUCAUUCUCGAUCUUACGCAUUUUUUCUCUCUCUUUUUUUUUUAGUUAUUUUUUUCCAAUCAUUUUAUAUCGUGUGUUUUUUUUCCACGACUCUGGACAAGCUUUGAUACGAUCAUUUUUUCUUCUUUUAUUUCCCCACUCGUUUUAUUUUCUUUUUUAUUUUAAUACCCGCAGAAGUCACUAUCGAAGCGCACAUGUUCUCCGGACCCUUUGUUCUUCGCUGUUUUACUACAGAAACCUCGUAUAAACUUCGAGAAACCUCGAAAGAAAUUUUUCUUGCUUCUUUCUGAUUUUUCUUUGAAAAAAAUAUCACGAAUUUUGCAAGACGAAUCGUGGUUUCUGACAGCGAAAGAUCAAAGAUUUUACAAGUUAAAAUUCAAAUCAUACAUUCAGAAAAUGUAUCGGUAAGAUCGAAGGAAGGGAGAGGUUGCCGAGCGAAUUAAAUGGAAAAAAAGAAAAAGGACAACGGUGAGAGAACCGAAGUCGAUAAUACGCGGAUACUUUUUGUAUAUAAAUACAUCAUAAAAAGAAAAAAAGAGAAAUUAAAAUAAGAGAAAAGAAGUCGUUAACGAUAACAUGUCCCUUUCCUCAAUCGUCACACGGCCAUCUGUCUACUGCUGCAUUACGAUUAUACUUAAUUAUUAUUAACUAUCGUAAGAUCGUAAAAUCGUAAGAUUAAGCAGAGUAAUUUUGCAUCAAUUUCACAGAUCGAGCGCGUAACGAAUGUUCGUGAUCUUCUCCCUGCGGUAUAACUGUUAAGCGUGUAAGAAUUCUAAUAAUAGAGAGUGAUAAGCUAAACUAUUAGAGAUGCAACUCCAUUGGGAAAUAUCGCUAUAUAAUACGAGAUGUUGAAUCAAAAGAAAACUUGCAACGAAGUCCGACGAUGCUGCGUCUUAGAAAGUAAUAGAUAACGCGUUUAAACGGAAACAAGAGGCAACUUGGAGAACGUUAAACUAUAAGAAUGACGAAUACAUUAUAAUAUGUAUAUUAUAUCACAUAUACGUCACUCUUGGCGACGUAUAAGAUCGCUUUGUAUCUUACGAUCGUCGGUGAAAAGACGAAGAGCAAACGGAGCGAGGAAGAAGUUUUAUUACGUGUAUGUGAAUCUAAUGUUUAAAUGAAAAGGUUUGAUAGACAUCGAAUGUCAGGUUCGUACUUCCAAAAGGGAACACCAUGAUGAUCUCUCCGUAUAUCGCGUCCGAUGCACAGUCUUGCAGAAAACAAAGUAACGAAAUUUCCUUGUAAAUUACCACGAACUCCAAUGUCAACCCUUUUUACACUUCGUCGAACCCUACGAUUUCAUCUUGUUUCCUCUGAGACUUUUAUACGUUGUAUCAGCGACCGGACACACGGAUGUUCUCUUUUAGGGGUUGCAACUUGAACAAGCAUGCGAAUUUUAAAGACAGAUUUAUUGCAAAUGAAAAGGAAGUGAUAGAAAAAAAAAAAAAAGAGAAGAACAGGAAGUCGAAAAGCCGCCCUCAAGCUGGAACUAACUCGUCCUCUUUCCCUUCCUCGAAGAGA